CUUUGACAGGACAAUUUACGUUACAUUCAUGAAUUCUGGAGACGGUGACUCGACGUCCACCUCUUCCAGACAAUGAAAAUACCUGAGAAUUUGGGGAGUCCAGCUCCAGGCCCCGGAGAUCUUCGAGAGAUGGCGGUAUAUGAGGAACUUCCGGCCUCCGAACGCUGGGAGGCGCUGUGAUCUCUCGGUGACCUCCUGGACACCGGAAUACAAGGCGCAAGCGCAGUCUUUGCUUUAAGCCGGCUUCCCACGUGUAGACCUUGUGGGCAAGUUUUUCGAGAAAAAUGCCCAAAUUAAAGGUGCCCCGUGGGGCCGGGAAUCAGGAGAAGCAUGCACCUCUGGCCGAGCAGAUUCUGGCUGGGAACGCAGUGCGCGCGGGGACCCGAGACAAACGGCGGGGACGCGGGGUCGAAGAGGAGGAAGAGUAUGUGGGACCCCGGUUGAGCAGACGGAUUUUGCAGCAAGCCCGGCAGCAGCAAGAGGAGCUCGAGACUGAACACGGGACUGGACACCAGCCUGCAAAACCACGAGAGCGCGCCACGCGGCUGGGGCCCGGAGUGCCACAGGAUGGAUCCGAUGAUGAGGAUGAGGAGUGGCCCACCCUGGAGAAGGCAGCCAAAAUGACUGGGGUAGACUACCAAGCAGAGGUGGUUGUAGACCCUGAGGAUGAACGCGCCAUUGAAAUGUUCAUGAACAAGAACCCUCCCAUCAGGCGCACUCUGGCUGACAUCAUCAUGGAGAAGCUGACUGAGAAGCAGACAGAGGUGGAGACGGUCAUGUCAGAGGUGUCGGGCUUCCCUAUGCCUCAGCUGGAUCCCCGAGUCCUGGAGGUCUACAGAGGAGUUCGGGAGGUGUUAUCCAAGUACCGAAGUGGGAAACUGCCCAAAGCUUUUAAGAUCAUCCCUGCACUGUCCAACUGGGAGCAAAUCCUCUAUGUCACUGAGCCCGAGGCCUGGACAGCAGCUGCCAUGUAUCAAGCCACCAGGAUUUUUGCCUCUAACCUGAAGGAACGAAUGGCCCAGCGUUUCUACAACCUUGUCCUGCUCCCCCGAGUACGCGAUGACAUCGCUGAGUACAAACGGCUCAACUUUCACCUCUACAUGGCACUCAAGAAGGCCCUGUUCAAGCCUGGAGCGUGGUUCAAAGGAAUCCUGAUCCCACUGUGCGAGUCUGGCACUUGUACCCUCCGAGAAGCCAUCAUCGUGGGCAGCAUCAUCACCAAGUGCUCCAUUCCGGUGUUGCACUCCAGUGCGGCCAUGCUGAAGAUUGCUGAGAUGGAGUAUAGCGGCGCCAACAGCAUUUUCCUGCGCCUGCUGCUAGAUAAGAAGUACGCGUUGCCCUACCGGGUGCUAGACGCCCUGGUCUUCCAUUUUCUGAGCUUCCGAACGGAGAAGCGCCAGCUGCCCGUGCUCUGGCACCAGUGCCUUCUGACGUUGGCACAGCGCUACAAGGCCGACUUGGCCACGGACCAGAAGGAGGCCCUCCUGGAACUGCUUCGACUGCAGCCCCACCCCCAGUUGUCUCCUGAAAUCAGGCGUGAGCUUCAGAGUGCAGUCCCCAGAGAUGUGGAGGAUGUUCCCGUCACCAUGGAAUGAGAACAGUCACCUGCCGUGGUCCAGGGGGCUUGGGAGGACACCAAGACCCCAGCUGGUUACCCAGGAUGUAAAGACCUGGGUCAAGGCACUGAGGUUGGGUGGCACCUGUGGUGUCGGUCCUGGGCAGGCUGAUCUGGUUGGCUCUCUGCCGUUCUAGGCUUUGGUCCCUGCUCACUUCCAGAAGCUCACUAGAGUUACCCCAGUUCAGCAUCCUCACAACCCAGCUGGCACUUGGUCUAUGGCUGCUCUGCAGUCCCUGUCAGCUCACUGGGUUGCAGAUAAAGCAGGGCAGUUAUUUAUUGGAGCUCUGUGUUUGGUACAGUCGCUGGAGGUGCCUGCCUGCCCCAUGGCUAGAGGUGGGAGUCGCCCGAAGCUCUUUCCUGUUCCCAGUUCUGAGAAGUGGGUUCUUAGUCCCACAGACCCCUCACUCUACCCCUUAUUUCUCAAGUGUCUCUCUAGCCUUUUCCCUUGCUCUCCACAAAGAGGAAGUGUGUGCGAGCCGCCUACCAUUGACGUGACAUGUUGAUGGGCUCCUUGGGGGACAGCAGCUGCUGCUGCCAUAGAGCAGCAGUCCAUGGAAAAGGUGGUAGCCGCCGUCACUGCAGGGAAGACUGCAUGGCAGGGGCAGGCCCUUUCUCGAGGACGAGACAGCAGUAAGUCAGAAAAGGUCCUGCUUUCUGAGCACCGAGAGCUCUAGGUUGCUUGACAGACCAGGGUCCAAUGCCUGUUGUUUGCUGAUGAGCAAAGAACAAUCUUCAUUUGUUUUCAUGGCUUGGGGAAAUCUGUAUGAAAUGUUAGUUGCAGCCAGGCAUGGAUCUGAGUUUGAGGCCAGUCAGGACUAGCUAUACAGUGAAAACCUAUCCCAUUGCCCCCCCCC